AUGUGUCCAACCAAAAAGCUUGCUGUCAAAUGGCACGUGGUGAUUUCUGAAGGCCAGUCCUCUGUGGCACCAGACAACUGGAUAAUUUGGGAAACAUGGGAACUUUUCCAUCCAAAAAAAAAACCCGGCUUCUCGAAUAUAUCUGAGGCCUACGGCUCAUUACUCGACCCACCAUGUAAUUAUGGAUUAAAAAGAGAUGACUACAGCAAAGAAAAUUUCGUACUCAAAGUUGAAGGUGCUUCUGAAGAUGCAAUGUGCCUUUCAAAUCCGAAGGAUAGGAGGUCAAAGGAAAGACGUUCGAGGUCAAGGGAGCAUACUCUAAGGUGAAGCCGAAAGUCAAAGGACAACUAUCUGGAAUCAAAGGGCCGGCAUUCGAAAUCCAGGGAAAGGCGUUCCAGAUCUCGUAGCUAUAGGUCCAGAUUAAUGCGUGUGAAAUCGAAAGAGAGGCUAAUGGAAAAGCGCACUAUAACCAAGGAAAGUCGCUCGACAUCGCAGGAGGGGAAUUAAAAAUCAGGCCAAAAGUCAAAGGAAAACCACUCUAAAGUAUGUGCCCGACGCUUCAAGUCCAAAGAUAGGUCCAGAGA